AUUCAUAUCGAUAGUAGAGCCGAUUCACACAGUCAUCGAUAACAGGCUCACAAUUUGAAUUAAAAUGAUUUCAUUAAUCCUAUACAUCUUUCUAUUUUAUAGUGCUGCAGCUGAUCGUAAUUUAAAAGUAGUUAAGUAUGAGAACUCGGUUGACACCAUUGUUAAGGACCUCAUCGACAACUGGCAGUCGCCGCUAGUUUACCUGAAAAGCCGUGGCUACCUGCCGAAGGAUGCGCCCGAAAUGGAUUUCCAGCAGCUGCAAGGAAACUUGGACCCUGAAUUUUUGUUAAACGACUUAGUUGAGCUCAACAAGGAUUCCAAACGGCAGACGGAAGCCAAAAGCCAAGACAAUUCCAUUGGGCAGAUGGAUCCGCGGGCAGUCCGAUCGCUACAAGAUCCCAAGGACCUCGAGCUGAAGAAGAUGUUCCAAACGCUGUUCUCUUCGAACGACAAGACUGCCUCCGAGGAGAUCAAAUCCAAGCUGGGAGUGUCCUGGGAUAUGAAUUCUUUAAAGACAUCCGCCCGUAUGGGGGCCAAGAAAUAUCUCGAGAAGUUCAACAGCAAGCGGAAUAAGGGGAUGUCCCUGUUGCCAAUUGAAUCCUCAGAUGGGACACUUACUAACGACGCAUUUUCGAAUUUCUCCUCACUUAUACCGCAUGCCUUGGAAAAGAAAAGCAACGAUUCUGUGCGAAAAACCACUAACAGUAAGCCAACCUUUCUGAAGGGAGUGGCCAAGAUUCUGAGCAAUCCAGAAAUUAGGUAUAGGGACUGGGAUUCCAAGCCUGCACAGGAAAUCCCUUCGAAGGCCGCGGGCACAUAGUUUUCAAAUUCAUUGUUGAUGAUUAAAUGUUCUUUUAGUAGCAAAA